AUGGGCAACAGCAAAAGUGGCUCCUUGUCCAAGCUGAAACUGAACACCAAGUACAGUGAGGAGCAGCUACAGUGGUACCAGACCUUCCUGAAAGAGUGUCCCAGUGGGCUAAUCAGCAAGCAGUUUGAGGCCUUCUAUGCCAACUUCUUCCCCGACGCAGACCCCAAGGCCUACGCACACCAUGUCUUAAGAAGCGUUGACUCCAACAGUGAUGGGACACUGGACUGUAAGGAGUACAUCGUCGCGCUGCACCUGACCUCCUCUGGGAAGACCAAACAGAAACUGGAAUGGGCGUUCAGCUUGUACGACGUCGACCACAACGGAUCAAUCACCAAGAACGUGAUCCAAGAGAUUGUCAAGUCGAUAUUCAACAUGAUCUCCAAAGAGGACUAGAGGAAUCUUCCUGAUGAUGAGAACACACCAGAGAAGAGAGCUGAUAAAAUCUGGGACUUCGUUGGCAAGAAAGAAAAUGAUAAGCUAACAGAGGGGGAGUUUAUCCAGGGAGUGAUGGACAACAAGAACAUCCUCAGACUGGUCCAGUUUGAUGAGCCACAGAACAUCCAGGAGAGAAUAAAGGAGAUGAAACAGUAG